AUGUCACAACUGAGGAAAAGCUGCUGUGACGUACAGAAAGUGACGGUUUCGCAAACACCAACACCACCACCCAAACCCUUCCCUUCUACCCAGCACCAACACCACCACCCCAACCCUUCACCUUCUACCCCGCACCUCAAACACCACCCAAACCCUUCACCUCCUACCCUGCACCCCCACCACCACCCCAACCAUUUACCUCCUACCCAGCACCCUAACAACCACACCUACCCUUCACUUCCUAUCAAGCACCCGCCCCCAAAACCAUCACAAAUCUUCACCUCCGAUCAAGCACCCCCCUCCUCACCCCAACUCUUCACCUCCUAUCCAGCACCCCCACCACCCCAUCCCUUCACCUCCUAUCCAGCACCCCCACCACCACCCCAACCCUUCACCUUCUACCCAGCACCCCCACCACCCCAACCCUUCACCUCCUAUCCAGCACCCCCACCCCACCCCUACACUUCACCUUCUAUCCAGCUCCCCCCCCCCCCCCCACCACCCCAACCCUUCACCUCCUAUCCAGCACCCACACCAUCAUCCCAACCCUUUACCUCCUAUCCAGCACCCCCACCACCCCAACCCUUCACCUCCUAUCCAGCACCAACACCACUAUCCCAACCCUUCACCUCCUAUCCUGCACCCCCAUCACCACCCCAACCCUUUACCUCCUACCCAGCACCCUAACAACCACACCUACCCUUCACUUCCUAUCAAGCACCCGUCCCCAAAACCACCACAAAUCUUCACCUCCGAUCAAGCACCCCCUCCUCACCCCAACUCUUCACCUCCUAUCCAGCACCCCCACCACCCCAUCCCUUCACCUUUUACCCAGCACCCCCACCACCCCAACCCUUCACCUCCUAUCCAGCACCCCCACCACUAUCCCAACCCUUCACCUUCUACCCAGCACCCCCACCAUCCCAACCCUUCACCUCCUAUCCAGCACCCCCACCCCACCCCUACACUUCACCUUCUAUCCAGCUCCCCCACCACCACCCCAACCCUUCAACUCCUAUCCAGCACCCACACCAUCACCCCAACCCUUUACCUCCUAUCCAGCACCCCCACCACCCCAACCCUUCACCUCCUAUCCAGAACCAACACCACUAUCCCAACCCUUCACCUCCUAUCCACACCCCCACCACCACCCCAACCUUCACCUCCUACCCUGCACCCCCACCACCACCCCAACCCUUCACCUUCUACCCAGCACCUCAAACACCAUCCCAACCCUUCACCUCCUACCCUGCACCCCCACCACCACCCCAACCCUUCACUUCCUAUCCAGCACCCCCACCACCCCAACCCUUCACCUCCUAUCCAGCACCCCCACCACCAUCCCAACCCUUUACCUUCUACCCAGCACCCCCACCAUCCCAACCCUUCACCUCCUAUCCAGCACCUCCACCCCACCCCUACCCUUCACCUUCUACCCAGCUCCCCACCACCACCCCAACCCUUCAACUCCUAUCCAGCACCCACACCACCACCCUGACCCUUCACCUCCUAUCCAGCACCAACACCACCACCCCAACCCUUCACCUUCUACCCAGCACCAACACCACCACCCCAACCCUUCACCUUCUACCUAGCACCAACACCACCACCCCAACCCUUCACCUUCUACCCAGCACCCACACCACCACCCCAACCCUUCACCUUCUACCAACACCCCCACCACCAAACCAACCAUUCACCUUCUACCCAGCACCUCAAACACCACCCCAACCCUUCACCUCCUACCCUGCACCCCCACCACCACCCCAACCCUUCACUUCCUAUCCAGCACCCCCACCACCCCAACCCUUCACCUCCUAUCCAGCACACCCACCACCAUCCCAACCCUUUACCUUCUACCCAGCACCCCCACCAUCCCAACCCUUCACCUCCUAUCAACACCCUAACAACCACACCUACCCUUCACUGCCUAUCAAGCACCCGCCCCAAAAACCACCACAAAUCUUUACUUCCGAUAAAGCACACCCCGCUCACCCCAACCCUUCAACUCCUAUCCAGCACCCACACCACCACCCUGACCCUUCACCUCCUAUCCAGCACCAACACCACCACCCCAACCCUUCCCUUCUACCCAGCACCAACACCACCACCCCAACCCUUCACCUUCUACCCCGCACCUCAAACACCACCCAAACCCUUCACCUCCUACCCUGCACCCCCACCACCACCCCAACCAUUUACCUCCUACCCAGCACCCUAACAACCACACCUACCCUUCACUUCCUAUCAAGCACCCGCCCCCAAAACCAUCACAAAUCUUCACCUCCGAUCAAGCACCCCCCUCCUCACCCCAACUCUUCACCUCCUAUCCAGCACCCCCACCACCCCAUCCCUUCACCUUUUACCCAGCACCCCACCACCCCAACCCUUCACCUCCUAUCCAGCACCCCCACCACCAUCCCAACCCUUCACCUUCUACCCAGCACCCCCACCAUCCCAACCCUUCACCUCCUAUCCAGCACCCCCACCCCACCCCUACACUUCACCUUCUAUCCAGCUCUCCCACCACCACCCCAACCCUUCACCUCCUAUCCAGCACCCACACCACCACCCCAACUCUUUACCUCCUAUCCAGCACCCACAACCCCAUCCCAACCCUUCACCUUCUACCCAGCACCCCCACCACCACCCCAACCCUUCACCUUCUACCCAGCUGCCCCACUACCACCCCAACUCUUCACCUUCUACCCAGCAACCUCACCAUCCCAACCCUUCACCUCCUAUCCAGCACCAACACCACUACCCCAACCCUUCACCUCCUACUCAUCACCCAAAACCACACCUACAAUUCCCCUCCUAUUAAGCACCCCCACCAAAACUAAUACAAAUCUUCACUUCCGAUCAACACCAACACCACCACCCCAACCCUUCACCUUCUACCUAGCACCAACACCACUACCCCAACCCUUCACCUCCUAUCCAGCACCCCCACAACCCCAACCCUUCACCUCCUAUCCAGCACCCCCACCACCAUUCCAACCCUUCACCUUCUACCCAGCACCUCCACCAUCCCAACCCUUCACCUCCUAUCCAGCAUCCCGACCCCACCCCUACCCUUCACCUUCUAACCAGCACCAACACCACUACCCCAACCCUUCACCUCCUAUCCAGCACCCCCACCACCCCAACCCUUCACCUCCUAUCCAGCACCCCCACCACCAUCCCAACCCUUCACCUUCUACCCAGCACCUCCACCAUCCCAACCCUUCACCUCCUAUCCAGCAUCCCGACCCCACCCCUACCCUUCACCUUCUACCCAGCUUCCCCACCACCACCCCAACCCUUCAACUCCUAUCCAGCACCCACACCACCACCCUGACCGUUCACCUCCUAACCAGCACCAACACCACCACCCCAACCCUUCCCUUCUGCCCAGCACCAACACCACAACCCCAACCCUUCACCUUCUACCCAGUACCUCAAACACCACCCAAACCCUUCACCUCCUACCCUGCACCCCCACCACCACCCCAACCCUUUACCUCCUACCCAGCACCCUACCAACCACACCUACCCUUCACUUCCUAUCAAGCACCCGCCCCCAAAACCAUCACAAAUCUUCACCUCCGAUCAAGCACCCCCUCCUCACCCCAACUCUUCACCUCCUAUCCAGCACCCCCACCAACCCAUCCCUUCACCUUUUACCCAGCACCCCCACCACCCCAACCUUUCACCUCCUAUCCAGCACCCCCACCACCAUCCCACCCCUUCACCUUCUACCCAGCACCCCCACCAUCCCAACCCUUCACCUCCUAUCCAGCACCCCCACCCCACCCCUAUCCUUCACCUCCUAUCCAGCACCCACACCACCAUCCAAACCCUUUACCUUCUACCCAGCACCCCCACCACCCCAACCCUUCACCUCCUAUCCAGCACCCACACCACCACCCUGACCCUUCACCUCCUAUCCAGCACCAACACCACCACCCCAAACCUUCACCUCCUAUCCAGCACCAACACCACCACCCCAACCCUUCACCUUCUACCCACCACCCCUACCACCUCAACCCUUCACAUUCUACCCAGCACCCCCACCACCAUCCCAACCCUUCACCUCCUACCCACCACCCCCACCACCCCAACAUUUCACCUCCUACCCAGCACCCCCACCACCCCAACCCUUCACCUUCUACCCAGCACCCCCACCACCCAGUAAUUUCAUCUAGGUUUCAUUUGAUGUAA